AUGGAGAGUGCGUAUAUUGAUGAAAUAGAAAGUCUUAAUGAACUUAUUGCUUGUUUGAAACGUAAAAGUCCAGGAGAAUUCCGGAAUAUUGAUGAUCGCCAGUCAGAGAAAUUAAGCAAGAAAAACCGUCUGGCUGAGAAGCUUAGCGCUGCCGAAAAUUUGGAGGCUGACCUGUUAAAACGAUUACGUGCUCGUGAAAAUAAAGUGGACGAAAUUUGUAUGGAUUCUAACACUGGAGCUUUAAAUGAAGUUAAACUAUUAGAAAAUGAACUGUCCGAAAUGAAAAUAGCUGCACAAAUGAAUACAUCGCGAUUGUGUCGAUGUAUCGAAGAAUUAGAAGAGGACUUUUGUUGUGUACAGAGUUAUAAAGAUGAAUUAGAGCAGAAGUUAAAGGUACGAGAAUGUCAAUCGGAAUUAGAAGACGCUCAAGCUCAGUGUGAAACCUUCCAAAUUCAACCGAAUCCCACGAUGUCUCUAUUUUCUGAAGUUGAUAAAGAACGCAUACUUGUCGAACAAAUGGUCGUUAAACAGAAUGAGAAAAUCAAAGAAUUAAGACGACGCUUGAAUAAUAUGCCUGCAAAGCUUGCAUCUUUACUUGCUGCAAUACGGGUGGAUUCGUGUCCAUACACGGAGAUAAUGGAUAUUUUACGUGCUGAAAUUGAAGAUAUACGUUGGGAAAAUGAAAAACUUCAUCGAAAAAUGAAAGAUUAUGAAGAAUUAAAGGCGAAGAGGAAAUGCGAGAAAUCGCUGGAAUCUCCUGAAUCGCCAAGGGAUGCUGAAAAGGCCGAGGCUGCUAUUAUGCAUUAUUGUAGGAGUUUAGAACUUGAUCAAGAAAAAUCCCUCGAAGACACUGAUCUCGUUCAGCAGAGGAUAACAGAACUUGGUCAUAAACAACUCAACCUGAGAAGAGAAUUACGUUUUCUCAAGGACGAGAAUUCUCGUUUGUCGACACAAGUCACUGAAGUUAAGGCGCAACUUGAUGCUCUGCAGAAAAAGUAUAAUUCCAGUGACGGGUCAGUUAUAUGCCAUCUUGAUGACUCCAAAAAAUUGAAAACUUCGUCUAAAUCAUCUACAUGUCGAGGACCAUCACAAGCGGACGACAAGACUUCAGGCUCUAGUGGAUGA